AUGUUGCUGGCAGUACGCACCCUAACAAGGGCGUGCUACCGCCCAAAGAACACGAUACAAGUUAGGUUCAAACAUGGAGGGACACCAGGGGUGUACGAUUACGAACCGUCGAAAAAUCCAUGGGAGGACAAAAGUUAUCACGCUCUAAAAAAAGAUAUAGGGAACACAGGAUGGCCGAUACUAGUAGCCACCAAUACAACACAACCAAUGUGGCAAAGCUAUACUUGGGGAGAACAUACAGUCAUACCAAGAGAUGGAUAUGGAUGUCCUGCCACUUUCCCACCAGAAGUUACAACCAAAAUCAAACAUACGUUUAGAUUGCCACCGCAAUUCUAUCCGUUCCUCAAAAAAUUAGGAGAUGAUACACCUGCACUCAAACCUUAUAUGGACAGAUUAAUCACUGGAAAGUUUACUAAUGACGACUACGAAGAAAUGUUCUACAAGUUCGCUAAGCCACUCAAAAUAUAUCGCAAACUUAUACCAAAACCGUUCAGAACCGCAGAAGAACGGGCAAAGGAACCGGAAGUAUCAUGGGAAAGCGCAUGGCUAAGCUACAGACAACAGGUAGCAGCAGAAUAUAAUGUUGCAAUUGGAAUGAGGGAGUACCUACUAGGCAUGAUCAUAGCUUUCUACGGUGCGUACCUAUGGAUGAGGAUGCAUCAGCAAUACCGUGCCGAUAUGAGAUUAUUCUACCAUGAAGCACCGGAACACAAAAUCAAAUGGGUAGUACCACGUGGUGACCUUAUUUGA